AGAACCUACCCCACGCUAUAAUCUAAGGACGCAAAACCGAAAUCCUGAUAAUCAGACCACCAGACCUCACAGAUGCUAUCAGUGUAACCAAGAAGGCCACAUUUCGAAAAACUGUCCCACUAGAGUAUUACAACCUCAACUAGAUAAUCAAAGGAGAAUAAUAACAGAUAAACAACCCAAUGGUCCUAAGGUUAGAGGUAUAAACAUACAAUACCUUGAGGUAACAGAAGCGGUAAAAAAUGAGGAUAGCGAGUACCUAAAAAUUGAAUUAAAGGAAAGUGGAUUAUUAUUCAAUGUGAGGAAUCUAGACAAAAGAAGGCAUGUUGAGGAAGAACAUGAGAUGCCAUCUUGGGCCCAGAAGGGCACUUACGUCGAAACACCGGAAGAGAUCAAUAAUGUAUAUUCCUAUCACCGAACUAACGGAUGA